AGGAUCCCUACGGGGAAGAUAAAGAAAAAGAUGGAUAAGACACUAUUUUACAUUUUAUGUUUUGUAUGGAACCCAAUUCUGAUGAUUAGAAGUGUUUACACCUGUUCUAAAGAACGUCUAAAUGAUUUCUAGAUUAACCAGACAGUAGUUAGUAAGGGAAUCUGGUAAAAAGACAAAGCAGGCUGAUUGGUUGGAGGCUAUAUAUGAUCAUAAGUAAUACUGCUCAAUGUAGAAUAAGGUGGAACUUUAAUGUUUAUGCACUCAUUUACUAAAAAGAUAAAAAGACUAUCUGCUUUGAUAGCGUUCAGAUUAAACUGCUUCAGCUUCUACAACAUAUCAUAAUAAUCAUAUAUCAGUUAGAAAAGGCUUUCAAAGGAUAUGUUGGUCCUCAAAAUAAGGUCACUCUUGCUAUUUGAAUCUAGCAUGACCUUGGGACUUGAUGGAUAUCAUUAUAGGCUUGGUCCUAAGAUACUAACCUUGCUUUUAACAAAAUUAUUUCCUGAUCUAUGAUUCUAAUUUGGAAACAGCUCGUAGCAACAUCUGUAAAAGGAGUAGCAUCUCCUUCCUUUCCCAUUUGAGCAGCAACUUUCCCCAUGAUGCACUCAAUAAGCUGAUAAGAUUGUCAUCUGAGAAGAAAUUGCAUGUGGGUUCACAGUAAUAUCUGGAGUGAUUCAUUUGAUGGUCCAUGGCAUGUCUUCUUGUGUAUCUCAUUCCAACUGUUCUUUUUGGAUCACGGUUACAGCUAAACUUGUCUCCAACCUGAGGUAUCUGAACGGAUCCCAAUCUUUACUUUCACAAAUCUCAACCCUUCUGCAUUUGUUGUCACUGGAACCUGAAAAACCCCCAAAUGGUUGAAAUCAACUAUAAGAAUCCAAGAAAAGCACAAAUGUCAUGUACAGGGUAUGUCACUUCUUAAUGUGAUUGUAUAUUAUAUAACAAGGUUCUAUGAUUAGUUAGGUUCCAUGAAUUACACAUCAGAAAUCCUAUUUUGGAGUGGAGAAAUAGAGUGAAUUAUGAUAUAGCUUGCCUGGUCCGGAAUCCCUGUCCCACUGUGGCACAAGAUUGUGCUUGUGAUCAUGCCUUGUAUAGUGUGAAACUUGUCCCAGGGAUUCAUCUUGAGCAAUAGGCGAGGUCUUCUCCAUUAUAGUAUCCUCACUCAAAACUCUUGUACCCUGAUAUAGAAUAAUCUAUAGGUUUUAGAAAGAUUAAAUUUGGUCAAUCAUUUCUUAGUCCUAGCAGGACAGGAUACAGUAGCAGCACAUUCAUAAAUACUCACAGGGUGGGCAAGACCAUCAUCAUCCAAUUUUCGUAAGAACCUUGCCACAUGCCUGUAAAACAGCUGCUGCUGAGAUUGAUGUCCAACUAAGCUAAGUAUGGUUCGAGCUGUGUCUGGCUGUGGGAAAUCCUCUCUAAUAAGUCGUCUCAUCUUUUUUUUCCUGAUCCUUGGGAAACAUGGAGGAAUUAACAGGAUAAGAUAUUGAAAACUUAUUAAAGAUUUGCUACCAAUAUGAAAUGAAGAAUAGUGAUAAAAAGAAUCAUGAUCUUUUGAGGGUUGCUUCAUAGUGACAGAAUCUUCUUUGUUAUAUUCAGAAUUGCAAGCAAUGGCAACAAUCACAUUCUGUGGAAGAAUGAUGGCCAUGAAAAAUCUCAGAAGGACCAUCACCAAAAGUGAGGAAGAUAAAGGCACGUAGAAGUAGGUAUUUAAAAUGCCUGGAAGCUGCCUGAAGUGCAAAUGCCCUAUGGCACAAGAGGCUUUCUAGGAUAGUAGUGAACAUAGGCCAGUGCAUCCAUGAGUGAAGAGCUGAAGACCAAAUGAACUUAGUGGAUGAUAAAACACAAGAAGCAACAAAUAUGGAAACCUCAUAACCAUUAAUUGACAAGAACUAUAUUGGAAUAAGCCUCCUCUGUAUUCAGUCUCGCGAUCCUAGAAAUCAUGCAAAUCAUUGUGGUUUCUUUUUUUCCUUUUUGUGCCAAUAUAUUCUACAAAUAUGUUUGUAUAUAAGUUGAUGCCAGGCACUCUCUUGGGUUUCCCAGAGAAAGUUGAUAUCUCACAUCGAAUGGCGAAAGUUCUUGGUAUUAUGUAUGAUAAUUUCUCUUAAUUAAGUAAAUACGUUUUAAAGCUAUCAGGAUUUAUUGAGUAUAAAAUGAAAAAUAUUUAUACAAAAGGAGCAAACAUUACAAAUAAAAUCAAAGAAGGAAUAGGAUUGAUGUAUACAUAUUAGAAUAUUUGAACACCUAGCUAUGUGAAAACCCCAGCCGCACCCUUGUACUAUUCCUACCCCAUUCUCAAACCAACCUCCCUAUGUUAUCCCUUGCCAGCUAAUUCUCUCACUCCUAGCCAACUGGAAGAAAUAACACUUGCCACGUUUCCUCCAGCUGGAAAAUUUUAUAUUUUGACAAAAUAUCUACUUAUAAUAUUUAAAACCCGCCCAUAUGGUUUCACACACAUAUAGAAUAUAAUGACAAAGGUAUGUGGUACUAUUAUUUAAUAUCAAAGUUGGGUCGGUGGUCGCCCGCAAGACAGGUUCUCGGGGCCAAGUUCCCCAAGAGGCAGGCCACUAGGCCAUUGCACAAGUGGGUAGUUCAACUAAAUCGAUUACUCUUCACAAUGAUGCCGAGGCAUAUAUUUUUCAUGCAACUAACCCAAAAAUUUCCAUUUAGGAAGCACUGAUCUGGCUACACAUGUUGGUAGGAGGCAGAUAAUUUGCAUGAUUUCAUGAGUGAUCAAAGCAAUUUUCUCAGGAAAAUGCAAAGAAAAAUUAAACUAGUGUACUACCCCGUACCUGCCUUCCUAACACAUGCACACCUGGGCAGUCAGCCUAUAUGUAUCCUCUAUGGUUUUCCAUUUAAAUUCCCCCCCUAGAGGCGCCUUGCACUCCUUACUAUAGAGUAUAGACUCACUGAAGCUUAACCUUCAUGGCUAAGAUCAAGAGGAUCAUCACAACUCUACUAAGGCUCCUAGUCUUGUGUGCAGCCCUGUCUGCAACCAUUGUAAUGGUCACCAGCCGUGACUCUGCUGAGGUCUUGAACCUAUCAUUUGAUGCAAAGUAUACCAAUGCGCGGGCUUUCGUAUACUUUGCGAUCACGAAUGCAAUUGCAAGUGGAUACAGCUUCAUUGCCCUUUUUCUCUCUUUCUCAACUCCGCUUUGGCACUUAGUUUUCCUUCUUGAUGUGUUUAUGACUCUGCUGCUUACUUCAAGCAUUUCUGCGGCCUUGGCCAUAGCUGAUGUGGGCAAGAAAGGGAACAGUCAUGCUGGUUGGCUACCGGUUUGUGGACAAGUUCCUGAGUUUUGUGACCAUGUCACAGGAGCUCUUAUAGCCGGUUUCAGCGCUGCUGUACUUUAUUUGGUGCUUCUUCUUUUUUCCAUUCACGCUGUCCUCAACCCUAAACCUUAGACCAGUAUACGGUCCCCAGUAUGGAUCUAUCAUGUAAUAUGUUUGCUGAUGUUCAUGACUCAACUCGGUCCCAUAUCCGAUGAAGGAUAUAUAAACUAUAUAUUGCUCUUGUUAUCUGUUUGGAAACAUUGAAAAAGGUGGUCUUUUUUUUUCUUUUGCA